AAUUGCAAAAGAAAAUUCUCACUGAUUUGAUUAACUUUACUCUCUCUCUCUCUCUCUCUCCUCUGAGUUCUCCCCACUGCUUUUGUUGCUUCAAUUUCUCAUCACCUUCAGAUUAUGGCUGUGACGGGUGUUGCAGUGAAUUGCUAUUGGAACGGGAGAGUGAAAAAGGAAUCGAAUGAUGUUGUUUACGAAGGUGCCAAGGUGAAUGUCAUGCCUAUUAAGGUGUUCCAUGGAACUACCUAUGCUGGAUUGUUGGACAAAAUCUAUGCAACCACCGCCAUCGACAGACAGAAUUUUGAGUUGAACAUCAUAUGCAGAUAUCCUAUUUCUUCACAGGAGUAUAAACCGAUCCCUAUAAAGAAUGAUGAGGGGGUGGAACUUUUGUUGGAAGUGCCCAGCAGAUCUGGAGUGUACUGUGUAGAAAUAUAUUUGGAGGAAGAACCAGCACCCUUACGGGUACUUGAAGCAACUGCUUUGCUAACAAAAGAGACUAAUGCAGUGGAGGUGGGUGAUGAUGGUAAAAAUAAUGGGGAGACUUCAUCCAAGCUCUCAAAUGAUUCUCCCAAAAUUGACGACAACAAAGUACUGCCGAAGAAUCUUGGUGGAAAACUGUCCAAGGCUUAGUCCAUCCUGAUCAUAUCAACUUCAUUGGGGAUCGAAGAAAGUGGGAGGAGUUAAACAUCAACUGUUUGGUGAAUGUAUUUCAGAAAGUGGGAAUGGAGACACUGUUGUUGGAUGUACCCUUGGUAUGCAAGUUACGGUAUAAAGCAACCCUCCAUCCUAUGUGCUGGCAACACCUUAUUUUUCCAUAAAACUUCAAGGCAUUUGCAGACAGGAUAAUGAAGGAAUAUCAAAAUGAAAUUCCUAUCACUUCAUUCAUAAAGUUCAUCGUCAAUCGCAGCAGUGGAUGUGCUACUACUCUUAUGCUGCCCUACCGCUGCAGUGAAGAAGGGUUGGAGUAUGCUGCUAAGCAGUGUCCUGCUUUAAAGGUUUUCGGUCUCCAUGGUUGUCUAUCUCUCAAAAAUGCAAGUGUCAUUCCCAAGCUGAUCAGAAACUGGAAAAAUCUUGAAGUAUUGAGACUGAUGUGGGCCCCCCAUUAUGUACCAGAGAUCCUCAUUCAAAUCAGUCUUCAUUGCAAGAAUUUCUUUCAGCUAAUGCUUCCAAAGUCCUACGUGGGGGCCAAUGAAGCGUCCGCCAUUGUCACGCAUCUGCCAAAGAUUAAGCACUUGUCUCUAAAAGGAGCAACCAUUGAGAAGAAGAAUCUAGUGAUGAUACUGCGGUGCUGCAGAGAGCUUGUGAGGUUAGACGUGAGGGACUGCUUUCUUUUUGAGGAGAGUGAUGCUGAGAUAUUGGAGCUUGCUUCACAUAUUCCGUCAUUCAGGUGUGAAGGAUCAACCCAUAUAAACAAUUAUGAGGUCAGAGAACUCCAUAUUGCUUUACGCAGAAUGGGGAGAAACAAUUUUUCUUUUGGUGAAUGGGACAACCCAUUUGAUUGGAACUUUGUGAGCUGAGUUCAGCUCAGCUUGUUAACCUAAAGUACUUGCUAUGAGAAAUUCCCUUGUAUCCC